UUUAUCAUGGCUCUUAGUUAAUGAUUUAUAAAUUUAACAUUUUUCAUAAAUUCAAAAUGAAACAUUACUGACUGCAGAUUUCUCAGGAAUUACUUUUCAUCUAAAAUAAUUUUUAAGCUUCUCAAUCAUGAAUAGUAAUUUUGACUAUGAUUGGGAUAAUGUAAACAGGAGGACAGUACUUGAAGGAGUAUCUGCCUUGGAAAGGACUUCUGAUAGUCUCGCUAGGUCUCAUCAAAUAGCUAUAGAAACUGAAGAAGUUGGAACGACAAUAAUAACUGAGCUUGGAGAGCAAAGAGAAUCACUUCUGCGCAGUAAAAAUAGACUUGUUCGUACAGAUGAAGAACUUUCAAAAACACAAAGGGCAUUAAAUUCAAUUAAGAAGAAUGUUUUAACGAAUAAACUUAUAUUGGUUUUGCUUAUUGUCUUGGAAACUGCUAUACUUUCUGGUCUUGUUUAUUUAAAGUUUCUUAGAUAA